AUGCGUCGCUUCACCUCCGUAUUUGUUUCAAAACGCGACAAGUCCGACUCCCCCGUACAGGAGAAUACCAAUCAGAUCUUCUCCUCUCGGAGUCCCUCUUCUACUUUUUCCACACCCCCCCUCAGCGCAGCCAGUGAUCCCCCUCACUCAUCUGCCUCUUCUAGUGGGUCCACUACAGCCAGUAUCCAGACACCAGACGACGAUGCCCAUCUUGUCUUUCCUUCUACCUCUGUGAAAUCUUCCUGGAAAUCUUGGAUAGGGGGGAAACGGUCUUCAGUUUCGAGACAUGCCGAUAGGAAGGGAAAGGAGCGAAACAGGGAUUUGCCUCAAUGGAAGCCUUCAAUCACUCCCUCCCUCCAGUUGCCGCCGUUGGGCAACCGUGCGUCAAAGCGCAUCGCUGCGGCUGACGAGAGUCUCAUACCGUCAGCAUCAGAUUCAAUUUCUUUUCCUGACCAAGUCCCUGUCACCCAUCGAACACCUCCAUCUCCAGCGUUGGCACGCAAGAAUCUUGUCGUCUUGACCAAAAAUAGUCUUGCCCCGCCACUGCCAAUCUCUCCUUUUGUCCAGCACUCCCUUGGGCCCAUCUAUCCUCGUUCAUCCAAUCAGCCUAAAGUCCUUCCUCGACGGUUACCCAUGAUUGCUGUCAUGAUGAAGAAACGGCUUCUCACACGGUUGGAGGACUCUUCCUUCAUCCUUCCAUCAGAGGAAUUAUUUCUCCAUUAUUUCAAUUCUCGUCCGCCUUCGUCCGAAGUUUCAGUUCAGAGAACUUUGACAUUCGACACGUCGUAUCCUGAAAGAACGACAAGAAUAUUUCGCUCAAGCCCUGGCCUCCGUCAAUGGAUAUCCCGCCCAUGCUUCGAGGAUCGAUUUGUUGUUUUUGUACCCGAAGGUAACGACGUCAAGUGCCGAGCAAUUUCAGGAUCUUCUUUGGCGAUUGCCUCUCUCGAGUACUCCGAGUAUUUGGAUGUGCUAGUUGAUCCAGAUUUCGAUCAGGCUCCCCGACAAGAAACACCUCUAGAUGCGCCAUGGUCCUCGCCUGCUGAACUGCCUCCAUCAGCUUCCGUUUCAGAUUCACCGCUUCCCACUGCGCCCACUCACACACGAAACUCUUACAUAGCUACUCCUUCACCUCUGCGUAACGAGCAUAACCCCCCCGUAGCGACCAAAGAAUUGGUUCCUUCCGAGGAAACUGUGCAACCGAAAAGAAAAGCUCCGUCAAUUUCCGCUUCCACUGUUAAACGAGUGGUCAGGUUUGUAGAAGACGACAGUGAUGACGGAAUUCCACUUCAUAUUGUACGCAUGAAGAAAAAACAAGAAGGGAAAGCCAAGUUCCUGCGCAGAGAGCAACUCAAACGAGCACGGGAAGAGGAGGAGGAAAGACGUCGGUUGGAAGAGGAAGCAUUAGAGAGAGACCGGCUGCGACUUGCAAAAGAGAGGGAAAAAGGGGAAAGGGAGCGGCGGCUGUUUGCAGAAGAGGUGGCUGCUAGUCGCAUGAGAAGAGAGUUUCAAAGAGCUGGAGGCUUAUCAUCCCAAUCCAACAGCUCCAGCAGUUUAUUGGUUCCCUCGCCUUCUUCUACUUCCAGAAAAGACUCGGAACGUAAUAGGCCGCGGGACUCGGGAAGUUACUCCUCAAAGUCCACAUAUGACGCACACCCGCGGAGAGAGGCCUCGGAUCCUGGCCUCAUUACUAUCUCGACCUCGAGGAAUCAAAAUAUGUAUGAUUCCUCCUCAGGGAGUUCGCAGCCAGGGCACUCACCUGCAUCUUUGAGUGGUCACAGACCUCGGUCGCGUCCGCCCUCAACCUAUUCCGCACACACGCAAUCAUCCUCAGAUGAGGCCCGACACAGUGGAGGAAGCAGACGGAAUUCAGUGGUGGCGGUGGCACCAGGAAGUUCCUCCAGAGCUUAUCAGGCGUGGUCGGGGAGUAGCCAGAGCAUACCUCCUGUUCCUCAAGUCCCCGACUAUGUCAACGACAUGCCGCUUCUGCCUCCUGCAGCACCCUUCAUGAAACACAGUUACUCGCGCCAGCCUGGGUCCCCAGCUCCCUCCGACUCGUCAAAAUCGAGACGCGGAACAUCAAACUCUAGCACACAACGCGCAAGCCAAUUACCACGUCGCCAAUCAGCAUCAUCUGCUCAGUCCGACCACCAAUCUUUUGCCUCAACCCCUUCAUCGCCACGCCGGUCAUCACAAAGCAAACAUGGAGAAUCUCGGCCACCUAACACACCUUCGGGUCAUAACACCUCAGGCCGACCACAGCCAACGCCCUCAUUUUCGUAUCCUCAGUUACACCAAGGCCACCAGUACAUUCAACCGCUCAAUCCUUGGACGGCGCUCCCUUCACGGACUGGGCAAUUGCCCACGAUGAUGCCUAUGUCUCCGUUGACACAUGUCGGUUUUCAAGGGAUGUCGCAGGGAACAGGGAAUGGGAUGGUGGAUGCUCAUGGCCGGAGGCAUACCCUCAUCUCUUGA